AUGGCGGCCACCUCCAACCCCCCAGACACGGCCGCAAUAAUCCAGCACGUGGACUUCGACCCCACGACAGCCCAGCGCGUCUCCCACCGCGCGGUGCCCCAGCAGCCGCCCACGGUCCAAGAGCCAGACCCGGGCUGGGCGUCCGCCUUUGCGGAGCUCGAGUCCCGGAUCCGGCGAGCGCUGGGCGGCCGUGCCCUGCACGUCGGCCACGUGGGCAGCACUUCAGUUCCCGGGCUCCCCGCGAAGCCGGUCAUCGACGUCGACGUCGUGGUGGCCGACCCGGCGGACGAGGCGGCGUACGUCGGGGCGCUGGUGGGCGAGGGGUGGGAGGAGCAGAAGGCUCCCGGGACGGGACUGGGGACGGGCAUGGGGCCCGAGGGGGGGGACAGGGGCGCUGGGUUGCAGUUCAUACUGCGCGAGCCCGCCUGGCUCCAGCACCGGUUCUUUGUCUGCGCUGACCCCGUUGCCAAUGUGCAUGUCUUUGGGCCGGGGUGUCCUGAGGUGGUGAGGCACCGGAUGUUUAGGGACUGGCUUGUCGAGGUGAGAACCCUGGCUGACCAUUUGUGCCCACUGCCGCGGUGGGACGAGCAGCACCCCGAAGACCGCGACAGGUACGCCGCGGUCAAGCGUGAGGCUGCCGCCGCGGCUCGCGAGGCCGGAGAAACUGUCCAGGACUAUAACCUGCGGAAGGAGUUCGUCAUCAGGGAGAUCCUCGACCGUGCUUUUAAGGCGGAGGGCUUGCUGCAGUGA